AUGGAUCUGGCGGAAACCGACGACGUCGUCUUACUAAAGGGCUGCUACUUGGAAGCCCAGCGGUCUGAUGAUAUCGCCCUCAAACUGGAAGGCUUGCGCAUCGCACUGAACGAGCCUAGCCAUUCAUGCCUGUCGAAUACCAUCAAGGAGAUUGGCCGUGUUGCCCGCCGACUCCGUGAGCUGGGCGACCUUGCUCAUGUGAACCGGGACCGUCUUCUCUUUGUGUUGGACCCCUUGAAUCUUGUGCUGCCCUGUUUGUCUAAAACCCUGAGAGAUAUCAAGGUCCACUAUGAUGAUCGUUCAAAGUCCAAGCAGAAUCGAUGGAGGCACAUGUUCCAUUCCAUGCAGCGUGAAGCCGGUGGUCUGCAAUUGGAAGCCAUCUUCACCAUCUAUCAUCAAUUCAUUAUAAUGUUACGAGAUAUGAUUGUCAGGUGUCCUAACUUCGAUGUCGCCAAAUGGGAGACCCUAAAGCUUCAGAUUCAUGGGCUACGAAAUGCCAGGGGAAUUGGCCCUCCAGAUGCAGUGCAAGCUGGUCCGCUUGUCCACCAAGGCGGAUUUAUACCCCCGUUGGAUCCGAUAAGCCACUGGGCUGAACACGUCUUCCAUCCCAAGUACACACCACGCGUUGCGUUGAGAAAUGUGGGACAAACCGAGUCACUAGGACCGCAUCGUGAACUAGGCCAUCACAACAUACCCAUGCAUUCCAAAGUCCUCUUUCGACGAUCAUUUGACGGUGACAAAAUAUCGCUUCUUGCUUUCGUGAGCUCCCAAGACGAGAGAGUAUACCUGCUCCUUCGAAUAUUCAAAGACCAUCAGCCGUGGUUUUCACUGCGCGGCGUCCACGAACUAUUCAUCCAGAGGCGCAGGAGCUCGUUGGAGCUCCGUCGAUGGAGUAGGACCCAGGGACAGUCCAAGAUCUGGGCUACGCUUUGCUUCAAUGCAUGGGAAGACCUUGUCCUCAUGUACUGUACCUUUAUAUCUCUAAAGGCAGAAGCCGGAGCCCAGGAUCUCACCCAAUGUGGCCCACAAGAACUUAGCCUCGGCGGAGAGCACAAGCUUUUCCAAGCGUACGUCCACCUCACACAAUCAAAGAACAAUCAACUCAUCAAGAAAAGAUGCAUAUCCGACGGCGGCUACGACCACUCUCUAAUCGUAUACCAAGACCGUGCAACUGGUGCGUUCCGACUCCACGCAGCAGUCUGGGAGGGCAAGUUGCGACAAUGCCCCGUGUGGACCGCAUUCGGUACAACACACACACUCCUCCUCAAGGAACAAAAUCACAACGUUAACACGGUCACAGUAAACGAACAAUACAUGGAUCCAAACUGGCUCACGAGAGUCAGCUCCCAUAAAGUGCGCCUAAAAGACCUCCGGCUCUUUGUAUUCUGUAAGCGGUACCGGGAAUAUAGACAGCGUAGAGGACCAGCUGGCGAGUUUCAAAUUAACUUUGUCAGCGACCGAGCUGUCCCAAACUUUGAAGAACUGUUCUAUCCUACUCAACCGAUGGUUUAUUGA